ACGUUUGGUUCAUUAUAUAUUUGAUUGGUAAAAAGUUAUCUAUGCAAGGAAACCCGUCUGAUUGCAUCAAGUCAUUCAGUGGCUAAACACACAUAGACAGUGGAUAGUCUAUUGCAUGGUGUUGUUAACUCUCCACAAUGCUGCACCUGAUGAGUCCGGUGUGUUCCUUGAUCUUCUUGAUGCUGUUUGUUCAUUGCCAAUAAUCUAUUUAUGCUGACUCCCUCAUACUGAACAUGCAUGUAGUGGCAGUGGAGAAAAGAACACCCUUCCUUUGCCAGCAUUUUUACCCCUUAUUUACAAAAAUAGCUCAAGCUCAUACGUUGAAUAGUUACUGCUUGGAUCAGAUCUGAAGUACUGCCACGAAAAUCAGCUAUUUAUUGGGUCAUUACAGCCCCUUAAUAAGUUUUGGUUUAAGCAAUACUAUUGCAGCUGUAGUUGUAUGCUACAGCUGUAAUAGUAGCACAAAGGUUAAAAAUUUUACCUAUUUCUAAACCUAAACCUCUGACGGGUUUUCUUCCAGAAUCUACUUCGUAUUUAGCUCUAACCAUCUUUCCAUCAUGAACAGUUUACCCUGUUGAAAAAAAGCAACUGCAAAGCUUGAAGCUGCCACCUCUGCGUCUUUCCAUUGGCAUGCUGUGAUUAGACUGAUGUGCCAUUUCACUUUUCUAUGUGAGUUGUUCAAAGCCUAAGAUAUUGUUUUACAAGCUAGCCCUGCUUUAAACCUCUCCAAAAUGCUGGACCUGAUGAGUCCGGUGUGUUCCUUGAUCUUCUUGACGCUGUUUGCUCACUACCAAUCCUCUGAGGAACUAAUCUAUUUAUGCUGAGAAUAAAUUGCACAAAGUGAACUCUGUUUGUCAGUUAGGUGGGUGCGCUAAAUUUUUAUGUAGUGCAAAUAAAUAAAAUCUUCAAAUAAAUGAAAGCAAUAUUUUUAUUUGUUAAAAAUCUUGAUGUUUUGAAUUAUUUUUGCUUCAGACACGAGGGCUUUAGUAAAGGAAUGCAUCCAUUCUAGAUUAAUGAUUUAUGUCCUGCUAAGUAUUGCAAUGGAUAAGCUAUUGUAACCAAUGCAGACAGCAGGUAUUACUUUAAAUAGGCACAUUUCUGGUAAGACUACAAGAUUUCAGUUUACUGCAGCCAGUGCCCUUGACAUCCUGGAGACAAAGAGUCCCCCUCCCAGUCCCACCUGCCACCACAGUUCUCACUGUAUAAUUUGCACCUUGUCCAUUGGUUGUGGGGUUCGACUGCCAUGUUGGGCAACGGUUAAACUGUGGGGUGAAAAUAUUUGGCCUAUCGACUGUCAUUUGUUUGCGUAGGCCUGAGAGCACCAGUACCACUAGCACGUUACCCUAACCACUCUGCUGCACAACCCAACUGUAAAAAUAGAUAGGAAAAGAUUGCCCUAGAUAUGCACGCGCAUUCACGUGCAGACACAUAUAAGACGUAAGAUGCACACACGUUCAGGUGUUGGUGUGUGGCCUUUGUGGGGGGCAACCUCACUCAGGGAAAAGAAAUGAGACAAAGAGAUAUGAAACCACAAAUAGUACAUUUAACUGUCAUUUAGUGAGCAUCAAUCCAGCAAACUACUUUUUUGUUCAGCGUUGCCGCUGUUUACAUACUGACCCUCUUUGACCUCUCCUUCAAUAGUGAAGCUGCAGUUAUUGCUCACCUCCACCAGGUGGCAUUAGAUUCUUGAAGAAGUCAAAAUGCUCAUUUCCCCCACGGUAUCUGACAGGCCUGCUUUAUUUUAUAAAAUAAAUUCAGCUUGCUAAAUGUGAAAUAUUGCAUAUUUGAGAGCUACUACAACACAAAAAAUAGGUUAAAAUGUUGUAUUUUCCCAAUUGUAUUGUUUUUUUGGGGGGCGUUUUUUGGAAAAAUAUAAAGUGACAAAGGAUCAAGAGAAGCCUUUCCCAUUGAAACCACACUGCUUACAGUCUACAAACUGGGCACUAAACUAUAAUUAACCAAAGUUUAUAUUUAAAUGUCAUUUUUAUAGUUUGUACUAAUUUUGAUGAGAGCCUAGGAGAGAAUAAUACAAAUAAAGUAAAAGCAAAGGUCAAUCUAUGAAAACAAAUACUUACAAUGAGGGUUUGCCUGAUCACAAAGCCUCACAGCUUCCACACACCUGUAAACCAAUCCUCCCAGUGCUUGUACUGUACAAAAGCACCAUUAUCACAGUGCCGGUAAGACUCUCUAAGAUUUUUUUUAGAGAUUUAGGUCAGUUGGUAAUCACUCAUUGUGCCUUUUAAAAAUAUGAUUCCUUCAAACAUGAAAGUUGUUCCAGUCAAUUUUACGUGUCUCUUUCAGUAGGUGAUAACUGUAAAAGUUGAAUUCAUCUGAACAGCACUCUGAAAGGUUUACAGACAUGAUGCUCCUCCUCCUUUAGUCUUCCUUUCCUCAGGUGAAUUGAAAGUACAUUGUGUAAUCCUGAAGUGUGCACCAUGGAGGAAGGACAUAACAAAGGCACGGUGAACAUGAUGCUGAGAGAAGUGAAUAGAAAAUGAUUUGUAUUAUGCAAAUGGAGAUUCAGGAUUCUUAUGAAAACAAUCGUGUUAAUCUCUCUCCGUGGUCACUGGAGCGCAGUGAAUCACAGUUCAGUCAUGUCGUCGUGCUGCCAGAGAGUAACGAGGAAUUUAACAAACAGUCCAGCUCAGUUUGAUUGAGAAAGCUGCUGCAUUUCUCUGAAGUCCUGCACAAAGGACACAAAAUAAAGACUAAGCACAGGUUAGUCUUUAGUUCCCCAUAGUAACAUUUUGUUUUUGAUUUGGCAGUUGUCAUUUAGAGCGCUACAGUGACUGCUGGAAGGGGAAUCAGUAGCAUCAAUCUUCUUCUUAAUAUGCUGGAGUAUAAGUAAUAGUAUUGUUAAAUACAUGCAACGAGGCACAAAAGUGCAAAAGCAUCUCAGAUCAUCUCAUUAAUCAGUUUUCUAUGUACCCAGAGCACAGUAAAGGUCAGACUCUGCAGAGCAGGAUGUCCAAAGAAGACGUUAAAUCUGGCCUCACAUGGGAGGUGAAGGCAAACAGCCGUCACUAUCACAAACACAAACAGAGGAAAUCUUUCCUGUGCUUCACCUGGGGACGAUACUCGGACAAUGUGGUGCGCAGCCACAAGUACUCCCUCCUGACUUUCCUGCCCCUGACGCUGUUUGAGCAGUUCCAGCGAGCUGCUAAUAUCUACUUCCUCCUCAUGGUGGUGUUGCAGUGUGUCCCUGCCAUCUCCUCCAUACCUUGGUACAUCACCAUCAUCCCACUCAUGGUUGUGCUCUCUGUGAGAGGAUUCAAAGAUUUAGCCAGUGACCUGGCAAGGCGACGCUGUGACUCGGAGAUUAACUCCCGACCCUGUGACGUACUCAUCUCCCAGAGUUUCAUGACAGCGCAGUGGAAAGAUGUGUGUGUUGGAGAUGUGUUGAGGAUCCGCAGAGACCAAAUCAUUCCUGCUGAUCUGCUUCUGCUUUCCAGUUCUGAGCCUCAUAGCUUGUGUUAUGUGGAGACUGCUGAUAUUGAUGGUGAGACCAACCUUAAAUACCGGCAGGCGCUGGGUGCAACACAUAACAAGCUGACCUCUCACCCUUCAGAGGACGCCCUUGGAGCCUUUAAUGGUGUUGUGCUCUGCGAGGAACCCAACAAUCGCCUGUACACUUUCAGAGGUCAGCUACAAUGGCAAGGAGAGUGCUUCCUCCUGGAAAACGAAAAUAUCCUCCUGAGGGGAACAGUACUACGCAACACAGACUUUGCCUACUGCCUGACGAUAUACACGGGCGCAGACACAAAAAUCCUGAGAAACUGCGGGAAGCUGAGAGUAAAAAGAACUCAACUGGAGGAAGUUUUCAACAAACUGGUAAUCGGGAUUGUCCUGUCGGUUCUGCUGGCUGCUGUGCUCCUUGCCAUCGGUGCAGGCGUGUCUUCAUAUCAGGUCAUGACCCAAAAAUCGUUCCUGUCUGCUCUGGUGAUUGAUGGCAACCCAGCUUACAAUGGAUUCCUCGUCUACUGGAGUUACAUCAUCCUUCUCAGCCCGGCCAUGCCCAUUGCGCUCUACAUCACGUUUGAGUUGAUACACACAGUUCACAGCAAGUUUAUUGGCUGGGAUUUGGAGAUGUAUUGGCAACAGACAGGCAAACCUGCAGAAGCCAGGAAUACCUCUCUGAGUGAGGAGCUCGGCCAAGUAGGUUACCUGCUGAGUGACAAAACUGGAACAUUAACCCAGAACCGCCUGCUCCUCAGACAAUGCUGCAUCGCUGGAGACAUCUACGGUGACGCUUCAGUCAGUGCAGAGGAUGUAAAGCCCAUGGAUCUGAGCUGGAACCCGUUCUCCAGCGGCGGCCUGCGCAUGUUCUCUCCCACACUAGUGGAGACGCUCAGAGGACAGCGGUGUCCAGUCACCACACAGUUUCUGUCUGCGCUGGCCCUGUGUCACACCGUCAUGGCUGAGUGGAAGGACGGAUCCCUGGUUUACCAGGCUGCAUCACCAGAUGAGGAAACUCUUGUUGGGGCUGCCAGGGAGCUUGGCUGGGUUUUUCUUUCCAGAACAAGAGAUUUUGUUGUCGUUUCAGAGCUGGGUGCCACUCGCCAGUAUCAGCUGCUGGCGCUGUUGGACUUUACCAGCAAAAGGAGGCGGAUGUCUGUCCUAGUACGUGACCCAGAGGGUGGGUUGAAGCUUUACUGUAAAGGAGCAGAUCUAGUAAUACUGGAGAGACUUCAGAAGAACUGUCCACAUAAGGAAAGCACUGAAAUGGCAUUAGAGCUGUUUGCUGAGGCCUGUCUGAGGACGCUGUGUGUUGCGGUUCGAUCUGUUCCUGAGGCGUUGUGGGAGCAGUGGAGUAGGACUCUGGCCCUGUCUGCUGCCAUGGCGACCUGCGAGCGUGACACCCUGCUGGAGAAGCUGUACGAUGAGAUGGAGAGAGAUCUGCUGCUUCUGGGGGUGACGGCAAUAGAGGACCGGCUCCAGGAGGGAGUUCCUGAGACAAUCGCUCUUCUUCAAGAAGCUGGGAUUAGAGUAUGGGUGCUGACUGGAGACAAAAAAGAAACUGCAGUGAACAUUGGGUACUCUUGCAAGCUACUGCACCCUGAAAGCAGAUUACUGGAGUGGCAGGAACUCAGGGAGAUUCUCCAGUCUGCAGACCCACAGGUCAGCUUCUUCAAAGCCAAGCAGACAGAGCUGUGGGCUACACACAAGGAGAUGGCAAGAGCAAAAACUUCUGUGGUCCUCACCGGAUCUGAACUGGCAGAGUUUGAGGAGAGACCAGAGUGGGGGGCCUCCUUCAUGAGCCUGGCGGAGCAGUGUCAGUCAGUGCUGUGCUGCAGAGUGACGCCUGCUCAGAAAGCUGAGAUCGUGAAGUUGGUCAGGAAGCACACUGCCUCGAUCACCAUGUCUAUUGGUGAUGGAGCCAAUGAUGUUAACAUGAUAAAGACGGCUCACCUUGGAGUGGGGCUGGCUGGCAGGGAGGGAGGUCAGGCCGUCCACAACGCAGACUUUGCAGUGUCCCAGUUUAGAUUUUUGCAAAGACUGCUGCUGGUCCACGGCCGCUGGUCCUAUCGCCGCAUCUCCCUUUUCCUGUGCUACUUCCUGUUUAAGACCUGUGGUUUUGCUCUUGUGCACAUUUGGUUUGGGAUCCUUAAUGGCUUCAGUGCUCAGUCGCUGUACGAGACAUGGUUCAUCGCUCUCUACACUGUCUUCUACACUGCAACGCCGGUGAUGUGCCUGGCUUUUUUUGAACAGGAUGUGAGUGCAGAGAGCAGCCUGAAAUUGCCUGAACUGUACAAGAGUGGACAGAAGAAGGAGCUCUCCAGCCCUAGAAAGCUGAUCAUGUAUCUUCUGUAUGCUGUCUACAUGUCACUUGUUCUCUUUUUCAUCCCAUGUGGAGUUUUCUACAACACGGCCUAUGAUUACCAGACCAUGGCGGUCACUGUCUCGAUGGCUGCGACCUUCGCUGUUACAAUUGAGAUUGUGAUACUGACCAAAUACUGGACAAAGUUCAACAUUGCAGCUCUGUGCGUCUCGGUGGUUAUGUUCUUCAUCUGUACCAGAAUCACACACAGCACCCGCCUUUUUCAGAGCUCUCCCGUCGACUAUUUCUUCCUUGGUGUGUCUGAACAGGCCUUCAUUGAUCCAGUGGUCUGGCUCGCAGCUUUGCUCACAGCUUGGGCUGCUGUUCUGCCCUCAGUUACGUCUCACGCCUUCGGUGUCAUUCUCAGCGUGCAAAACAAACACAAGAUACACAACUCAUCCCCUCCUCCAGUGGAGCUAAGGUCAAGGUUCGCAAGAGGGUCAUCUAUCCGACGGUCAUCGUACGCCAUCUCUCAGGGUGCCGGACCUGGACGCCUCAUUAAUUCAGCGACUAGCAUCCAGAGAGCAGAGGUGUCAAAGGAAGAGAAAGCAUCUACAAGUAAAAAGCUAUGAGAUAUUUGAGAUCCAAGUCUAAGCAAUGCUUCUGCAUGGUGGUGUGCCAAAGUGCUUUCAGUCAUUCUAUUUCUGAGUCAGAAUAGCUCCAACGUGAGAUAAGAAGUUGAAUGUGGUGCCCCACAGAGGGACUGGGAACUUUGUAUCUGUUACAGAAGAUCUGAUGCAGGCUGUGCAGGUGAACAGAUGUGAAACCCUGGAUAACUUUUCAAUCAGGUGAUUUAUAAUUGAUUAGUGAUCAGUUCAGUCUGCAUUCACUCUACUGACGCAUGAACGAUUCGUCGCGGCGCCGUGGAUAAUAAGUCUUUGAGUAGAGUCCUGGUCAUUCCUGUGACGUUUUGUAUCUUUCAAGUUUUUUUUCAUAUUUGAACUUUUCUGCAACAAAAUGGAGCUGUCAAUCACCAGACCUCAUUUACUGACCAUGCAUCAAUUCAUACCUGCUGGGGGUCGACAACUGAUGGCUGAAAGUUGCUGGACAUCAUUUACAGCUAUUCUGGUUUGUUUAGAAGUUGUAAUCUGCCAUAUGUUAGCGGAGUAAACUGACCUGGUCGUGGGUCAGAACCAAAAUUAAAUGGGAAUAGCAUGCAAUACAUCUUCAGUUAGUAAUACAAUAAUAAAUAAAAUUCUGCACUCUAUUUUUAUUAGUUCAUCUCUAUAAUUUAUUUAUAAUACUUAACUACAACAAAAAAAUAGAUGGGCUAUGAUUAAAGAAUAUAGAGAUAAAAUGGCUUGUUUGGAAAUAGGAAUGGAUUAAAUUGUGUGUAUAGAAAAGAAAACCGGAGUAGAAAUUGGCAAAAAGGCCAAGUGACCGGGAACCAUUGCUGUAGCGCCUCUGCCUGGUUUGUUUGUUAUAAAGAUCAAUUUAAAGUCAGAAUAAUUAGCAUGAUUCAAUUGUUUCUGCAUGAGUAGUUAGUAAUAAUUCCAAAGUUUUAUUGGAAAUAUUGUCUUUCAUAUUCAACAAAAUUUCUGUAUUUUAAAAGGGAGUAUGCUAUUUUGGUAUAAUUCAUUUGGCCCUGUUUUACUAAUAAAACUAUUACAGAAA